GUAGCAGCUCUCAGCUGCCCUAUAAACCAUCAACAACAUGGCCGCCUCAACUUUAUUCUCGUCUUAUUUUUGAUGAAAAUUAGGUGUUUUUUGGUGUUUUUUCUGCGCCAUGAUGAUAGGCAGGUGCUUGUUGCAGGUGUUGAGAGGCGUUAGGUGCCAACACCUGCAAGUGCGACACCUGAAUCAUGCUAAAACAGGAGAUGAGAAAAUCUGGGAGAAUAUAUAUCAACGUGAGGUACCGAGGACUAUGGAGGAGAUGGGGUUGGCACUGCAGAAGGAGGUCCAGUCUCCGCCUGAUGCACGCCUUCUGAAGGUAGCCAUCGUUGGUGUGCCAAACUGCGGCAAGAGUACUCUCAUCAAUACACUCGUGGGAUGGAGAGUGUGCAGCGUGUCAUACAAGGUGCACACCACAGAGGUGCGCGCCAGAGCUGUGCACAACAUGGGGUCUACGCAGCUGGUCUUCCUCGACACACCAGGACUUGUUACUCCCAAAGAAAUUACGAAACAUGGGUUGAAGCGUUCAUUAGUGACAGAAACAGAAUUGUCGCUUCAUGAAGCUGACUUAAUUGCUGUAGUUCAUGACGUGUCAAAUCACUUCACACGACACGAUCUCCACCCCAGAGUGCUGCGACUCCUGACCCUCUACCCUACACUACCCAGUGUGCUGGUGCUAAACAAGGUUGAUAAAGCGAAAAAUAAACAGAUUCUGCUGGAGAUCACACGGAUACUUACAGAGGGUGUUGUUGGGGGCCACACGUCCCACCAGGUAAUCAAGAAAAGCAUUUCCUUGGACCAGGAAACACUUCUGUGCAAGAGUCUUGCAAGAAAUUCAGAACAACUUGAAUGUAAAACAACCAAUUUUGAUUAUAUUGAUGGUAGUCAGGAUUUUGAGAUGAAUAGUCGAAGAGAGAAUUUGGAGGAAGAAUUCGAAGAAGAUUCGGUACAUGGAGGUGACCAUAAAAUUUUGUGUGAUAUCAGCCACUUGAAUGAAAAGGACGUCCUAGAGGGUAAAAUACUCCUGACAGAGCAACAAGUCAGUGAAUUUAUUAAAAAUCGCAAGUCGUGGCCUAAGUUUGAGGAGGUUUUCAUGGUCUCUGCUCUGGACGGAACAGGAAUCGAUGACCUCCGACAAUUUCUUUUCUCUAAGGCCUAUAGCAGGCCCUGGAUUUUUAGUUCCCAGGUUGUGACUGACCAAAAUCCCGAGGAAAUCGUACUGUCAACCGUACGUGAAAAGUUUCUAAACGCCUUCAGAAGUGAGAUCCCUUAUACACUCCAGUUCAAGAUUGAAUACUGGGAGCUCACACAAUCUGAGGUGCUUAGUAUUAUGGUACAAGUAAUGUGCAAGAGAGAAGGCUUGGUGCGCCUGAUAGUGGGCGGCAGCGGAAGCGUCGUGUCGCAGAUUGCCAAAGCUUCAGAGCAAUCAUUACGCAACACAUUUAGAACGGAAGUUAUGCUUAAGCUGAAUGUGGUUUCCAGUUCCAAGAAGAAGAAGCAUAAAAGAUAAUAAGUAAUUCCAGUAUUGUCCUGGUAUCCGUGGGUGAUGUGUUCCAAGACCUACCAUGGAUGUCGGAAGCACUAUGUAGUACAUACAUAACUAUGAUAAAGUUUAAUUAAUAAAUUAGACAAUAAAUGGGAAGAAUUUCACAACUUCUCUUAGAUUUUGAACAACUGUCACCAUCACUACUUUUGUGAAUAACAAAAAAGACACAAUACCGUGACUGGAACGAUACACAAAUAACCCGCACAUAAAAAAGAGAGAAGCUUAUGACGACGUUUCGGUCCGACUUGGACCAUUUACAAAGUCACACAGUGUGACUUUGUAAAUGGUCCAAGUCAGACCGAAACAUCGUCGUAAGCUUCUCUCUUUUUUAUGUGCGGGUUAUUUGUGUAUACUACUUUUGUGCUUUGCCCCCAUUAUUAUUAAUCAAAAUUAAGGUUUAUUUUUGGUUCAUAGUAAACCAUAUAGACCAUGGGUGGUCAAUAUCUGUACAGAGGUAGCAGAAUCUACAUCAGAAGUAAAUGUACUUCUGAUGUACAGUCUGUACUUAACAAGAGACAUGGAAAACACACAACAAAACAAGUAAAUUUUUGACGAA